UUAUAAAAACCAAGUGACAUAGCUAUUAUACACAUGAAAUGACACAGCUAUCCAUUGAGGAACAUUUUAAAUACCAAAUGGUGUGUUUUGUUUCGUAAUUGUCAACCCGCUCAGCCUCCGGAAUAUAGCGUAUACCGGCUAGUCUGCUAUUUUAGCUGAUCAUACGAAAUGGCAGAGGCUUUUAACGAUGAUGACAAACGAAACUUAUCACCACUAAAGUCUCAUAGGCAUGAUGGGUAUAAAACACUUGGACCCGGGGUGGAGGAGUCUCCAGGAGAGGGACGCUGGUACGAGAUAGUGAGACUUGUAGGAAGGAACAGAAUUGUAUCGCGCGUGCUGGGAUUCUUGCCUUGUUGUGGCUAUGACGACGGUUCAGAAGAAGUUACAGAUGAUCCCAGAAGAACAUUGUCUACCUUCGCCGGUGUGUUUGCACCUGUGGCUUUAUCAAUGUUUAGUACGCUGCUGUUUCUCCGUACAGGGUUCCUGGUUGGGCAGGCAGGGAUUCUGGAGUCAGUAGCCCAGCUGGUGCUUGCUUACUUUAUUCUGGCAAUGACAGUUCUUUCCAUCUGUGCCAUCUCCACAAACGGUGCUCUGGAGGGGGGAGGAGCCUACUUUAUGAUAAGUAGAGCCCUCGGACCGGAGUUUGGUGGCAGCAUUGGUUUCCUGUUUUUCGCGGCCAACGUGAUUGCCGCAGGGCUAUAUGUCAGUGGUUUUGUAGAAGGAAUGCUGGAAAAUUUUGGCCCUGGAGGCACGAUGCUGACCGAUGACCAGACAGGUCUACCCACAAGGCCAAAUGAACAAUGGUGGAAGUACCUGUAUGCCACCAUCGUCCUUUUUCUCUGUCUCAUCGUCUGUAUCAUCGGUGGUAGCAUGUUUGCUAAGACCUCUGCUUUCAUCUUUUUGUUGGUGAUAUUAUGUACCCUCUCAGUGUUUAUUAGCAUUUUUGCCAAAACAUCAUCUUUCGGGGUAAAAAUACCGAGUACGAAUCAUCUAGUGGCAAACGCCUCGGACAAUAACAUUACCGGGAUGUACACUGGGUUGUCAUCAAAAACAUUUCACGAUAAUCUCUUCAUAUGUCAGGUUGGAUGCUGGGAAGACCAUGACACGGACCCACUUGGUGAAGAACAAACCCGUUGGAUGACUUUAGUAGAUGGCAUGAAAAUCAAAGCUUUUGUAGAGAUCACCAUGGCAACAUCAGUUGUCGAGGGAAUGAGACAUUUGGUGAGGAUAGCUGGGCUAGGGGGCAUGAAACCAAAUACAGUGUGUCUAGGGUUCUAUGACACCUCCAAACCGAUAGACUCCCUAGCCAGGAGGCUAACACAGAAAAAGAAACGCAUUCUGGGUGGAGUUGAAAAUGGUGUUUCCUCGAAUCUUGAAGGUCUGUUUUCCAGCUUACGAGGAGAACAUGAAGAUAAGUGCCUACAGCCCAGAGAAUAUGUACAGAUGAUUGAAGAUUCUCUAAAACUGCAGAAAAAUGUGAUUCUUUGUCGACAUUUUCAUUUGUUAAACAAGACAGUUGUAGCAGACACAAGAGCAACAUCGUUUAUAGAUGUAUGGCCUGUAAAUUUGUUUCAACCAGAAACUGCGAGUUUCUUUGACAACACUUGUCUUUUCAUGCUGCAGUUUGCCUGCAUCUUGAGGAUGGUCCCACCAUGGAAAGCCAAAACUCAACUUCGUGUGUUCUUGUGCCUUAAUGCCCAAACGGAUAACACACUUCAGAAGGAACAGAAAUUGGACGCUUAUUUACAACAGCUGCGUAUUUACGCCAAGAUCAAAAUUGUCACGUGGGACCACCUCAUGCACAUGCUUCCGCAAGAGACAGAGGUGAACAGUGAGCGGAUGCAAGAUUUUCAUUCGGCACCAAAUCAGUUUAUAAAGGAGAUGAAUGAGUUGAUCAUCUCCCACUCAAGUCGUACUGUGGUGUCGUUCUUAUAUCUCCCACGGCCUCCACCAGAGAGCAAAUUUCAAGGUGUAGACGCCCGAGAAACCGAGAGAGACAAGUUUCUUCAGCAGCUUGAGUUGUUGUCGAGAAACCUUCCACCCACCGUUUUUGUUCAUGGACUACAUCCCGUCACGUCCACGACCUUGUAAAACUAAAAUGUUGGAGAAUGUUUAUCGGACUUCUUGAUGAAGCUGCUGAGCCUCAUUGUUGAUCAAGCCAUCACUAGUCAUGCUGUUCGGUUGUGCGUAAAGCUUCUAAAUGUAGGGACCUCUCUGAGUAUAUAUAUAACAUCUAGAAUUUCAUACUAUAGCUGCUAGACAUUCCACACAUAUUUUUAGCCAUUGAAAGUGGAUCUAGCUCAUCCCUUAGGUGUUUGAUUGCUUUGCAGGCGUAUAUAAUAGCACAAAUUUUAUAAGAAUAGUAAAUUUGAUGUUGGGCCUCUUAACAUUUUCAGUAAUUGGUGUAGUUGUGAGGUAUACAGUAGAAUAGCUUCGAAAUCUGUCUGUGCUAAUACACUUAAUAUGUUAAAAAUUUAGUCUUAAGAAAACUUUUUUUGAUAUUUUUUAGAAAUCUUUGUUUUUUUUUACAUACCGAAAUAAGGUUUUCUGGUUUUAUAGAACAUAACCAUGAAAAAAUCAAAAUACAACUCAGAAAACACACUUUUUCUGAAAGCAGUUGAAUAAAGAAGUUUAAGCAAAAAAUAUGACUAAAAAAAGUUUUAAUAUAAAAUUACUUGUUCUGUAAGCUGUAAUUUUUUAAAUCAGCAGUGUUGGAGUUAUGGUCACUUAUAGAUUUUGAGAUAUGACAUCAUGACAGCCAUAUUGUAUUUUUGACCAUAUUGAAAAUGUUGCAAUAACACCUUCAUUCAAUAAGCUAUUUUGCAAGUUAGACUAUGAUAAUAUCUGUUACUGUUUAAGAGAUUAAAAUUCUACAAAAAAUACAUGUGAUGUCAAGUUGUCCCAUUUAUAUAUGGUGUAUAUCUAUUUCUAAUGGUGUAUACAUAUGUAUUGUUGUUAUAUGUUGUUAAUGUCCUUAAAUUGCCUAGAAAUGUACUACAUGUAUACACAGGUGUGGGCUUUCAUGAUAUGAUUUCUGUAGAAAUGUUUUAUGACGGUAUGCAGCAAAGCUUGUCUAAUCCGACACCCUAUCAGGGUACAGCUUGUCAAGUCGACCUGUCUAAUAUGACAUCCUAUCAGGGUAGAGCUUGUCAAGUCGACCUGUCUAAUCUGACACCCUAUCAGGAUACAGCUUGUCAUGUUUGACCUGUCUAAUCUGACAUCCUAUAGGGUACAACAUGUCAAGUCGACCUGUCUAAUCUGACACCCUAUCAGGAUAUAACAUGUCAAGUCGACCUGUCUAAUCUUACACCCUAUCAGGGUACAACAUGUCAAGUCGACCUGUCUAAUCUGACACUCUAUCAGGAUAUAACAUGUCAAGUCGACCUGUCUAAUCUUACACCCUAUCAGGAUAUAAUGUGUCAAGUUAACCUGUCUAAUCCGACACCCUAUCAGGAUACAACUUGUCAAGUUGACCUGUCUAAUCUGACACCCUAUCAGGAUACAACAUGUCAAGUCGACCUGUCUAAUCUGACACCCUAUCAGGGUACAACAUGUCAAGUCGACCUGUCUAAUCUGACACUCUAUCAGGAUAUAAUGUGUCAAGUUGACCUGUCUAAUCUGACGCCCUAUCAGGGUACAGCUUGUCAAGUUGACCUGUGUAAUCUUACACCCUAUCAGGAUAUAAUGUGUCAAGUUUACCUGUCUAAUCUGACACCCUAUCAGGGUACAGCUUGUCAAGUCGACCUGUCUAAUCUGACACCCUAUCAGGAUAUAAUGUGUCAAGUUUACCUGUCUAAUCUGACACCCUAUCAGGGUACAGCUUGUCAAGUCGACCUGUCUAAUCUUACACCCUAUCAGGAUAUAAUGUGUCAAGUUUGACCUGUCUAAUCUGACACCCUAUCAGGGUACAACUUGUCAUGUUGACCUGUCUAAUCUGACACCCUGUCAGGAUUCAACAUGUCAAAUUAACCUGUUUAAUCUUGGACUCAGUUGGGUUUAUCAUAGUGGUCAGAUUACACUAGCCUCAUUUGGUAAUUCUAAGGAUUAGAAAUGGAUUAAAUGUUUAUGUCUGAUUAGAAAAUUCAAAAAUCAGAGUAGAUAGAGUCACUCUAUGUAACAGCCAUGGUAAUGGGAUCAAUGCUGUCCAAAAAAAAUAAUGAAAUUAUUCUUUCGCACUCGUUUUAGCAAUGUUCUGUGAUCAUGACCACCAUUUAUGUCAGUUCUGUACAAGUGGCAAUAUUGAAGUAAGGAUUUAAGACUCAACAGUUUAACACUGUGGCCUUGUGAUAGUCAUCACAGGGACUUGGUUAAGAUUCUUAACUCACAGUCUAUAUAUUGAUAUGUAUUAUAAAUGUAUGUUAUGGCUAGGAAUUGGUGACAAGUCCCUGUGAUGGUUAUUAUUGAAUCGUUCAUAUUGAGGUGUUCAAUUAAUACCUACAAUUUGAUAUUAGGUUUUCUCUUUGAUUAUUUCA